AUGACGCUGCUCCGAUCUCGCGCAAUCCGGCCAACGGUCUCGGUCUCGGACAAGCCACGCCCUGAACGGACCGCCGCCAACAUCCAGCCGUCCACUCCCGCUCGGGCACAAGAGCCCGAUGUUCAUCGCUCGCCCGCAGUCGACAGAUCUGGUCCUCUCGAUGUACCCAUUUACACCUCCCUGAGGCGCAGUCCUCGUCUUGCAUCUCAAUGCAACGGCCUUGAAUCUCUGUCUGACAAAGAGGUUAGUGUUCCAAUUUCUGGCAAGAGAAAAUCGAGUGUGGAUGAAACGUUUUUGAGUUUGCGGUCAGGGAAGAGAGUUGCUAAGAGGGCUGGGAGUGAUGGAUUGGAAAUUCACUCUAGGAAUUUGGAUUUCGAAAGCGAUUUGGUCAGUGGGAAUAAGACUGAUGACCGCUCACAGUCUAGUGUUGUCGCCAGUAGAAUGGCCAAUGAGGAUAAGGAAAAGACUGUGAAUGCUGCAGAUAAGAGUGCUAAUGGCAUGUUAGUGGGGUCUAGUGCUCAAGUUUUACUAGUAGAAAGUAAGAACAAAGGAAAGGGGAUAGUGGAAGAUUCCCAUCAAGACAAUCAUGUGGAGGUUAAAUCUAUCGACAAGCCAAGUAGCUCAUUGGGUAGAAGAAAAUAUACAAGGGAGGAGAAGGGUAAGGGUAUUCAGGUGGAGGAUGUCUCUUCUCCCAUCACGAAUGAGAUUGCCGGAGCUGCAGUUGAAGAAAUUGAUAUCAACAACUCAGUUAACAAUCACAAACCCCCUGAUGCCUCUGGAACAGGAUUGGCUGCUGCGGCAGUUAAUGCAGAACAAAGACAGAUUCAUAAUGGUGUUGAAAUUCGAAAUGAUUCAAGAACGCGGCGCUUUCGGAACAUUGCAAUGCAAAAUGCUUCCAGAUUUGCUCAUUUUGAUGCUCAAUUAGAGGAAGAAGAAGACUUGUCAGAUAAAGAGGUUGAACAACAAGUCGAAGAUUGGCCUGGCCCCUUCUCUACUGCCAUGAAAAUAAUUAAAGACCGAGAAGAGGACACGAAUCUGUGUAUUGGUACAAGUGUCUCCAGCAAAGAAAAAUCUUCACCAAUUAUUUGGACUCCCAGAAUAGACUACAGUUUUGCUCCUCUGAGGGCUCCAUCUCUGCAAGAACUAUCCUUGCGAAUUCUUGUCAAGAAUGCUGAUGCCAUCAAUUCGCUUGACUAUAUUCCAGACGCACUGAGGAUUAAAAUUUGUCAAUUGCUUUGUGAUUCUAGGAGAAUGGACGUACACAUUCUUGAUCUUCUUGCCCGUGGAUCUCCAACAGAAAUUCGUGUUCCCGAUUGCUCAUGGCUGACCGAGGAACAGUUCACCGAAUGUUUCAAGAACUGUGACACCAGCAACUUGAUGGUUCUUCAACUCGACCAGUGUGGGCGUUGUAUGCCAGAUUAUGUAUUACCCUCCACCUUAGCAAGGUCACCAAAAAACUUGCCGGUGCUAUCAUAUUUGUCUUUAAGUGGUGCAUGUCGGCUUUCCGACUUGGGGCUACAGGCACUUGUUUCCGCUGCUCCUGCGAUUAGAUCUAUUAAUCUCAGUCAAUGUUCUCUUCUAACAUCAUCUAGCAUUGACAUGUUAUCUGAUUCAUUGGGGUCAGUUUUAAGGGAAUUGUAUAUCAACGAGUGCCAAAACAUCAAUCUGAAGCUUAUUCUGUCGGCGUUGAAAAAGUUUGAGAAGCUGGAAGUAUUGUCCCUUGUGGAUCUUCCUUCAGUGAGGGGUCGGUUCUUGAGGGAAUUUGUUGCUGCUAGAGGGCAAGGCCUGAAGAAGCUAUUUCUGGCCAACUCUGUGAAAUUAACUGACUCUUCUGUUAAAGUCAUCUCUGAAAACUGCCCCAAUUUAAGUGUGCUUGACCUGGCUAACGUAUGCAAGCUGACAGAUUCUUCUUUGGGUUACCUUGCAAAUGGCUGUCAAGCUCUGGAGAAAUUAAUUUUUUGUCGUAACUCUUUCAGAUACCUAAUAUGUCUUGUCUCUGUUUAUAGCGAUGAAGCUGUAGCUGCAUUUGUAGAAACCGCAGGUGGUUCACUAAAAGAACUAUCACUUAACAACGUUAAAAAGGUUGGGCACAACACAGCCUCAGCACUUGCUAAACGUUCAGAAAAGCUGCAGAUUUUGGAUAUAUCCUGGUGUCGAGAUAUCUCAGACAAUUCGUUAGGCUACAUUGUCGAUAACUGUUUAUCUCUGAAGGUAUUGAAGCUUUUUGGAUGCACUCAGAUCACGGGUGUAUUCGUUCGAGGUCACUCAAACCCUAAUGUCAAGAUCUUAGGUUUGAAGAUGGAUCCCUUCUUGGACCACCUUAACAAACAGCCUUGCUGA